AUGCAGGCUGGCUACAACAUUAAACAGGUGAGCAUCACCUAACCCUCACACUAUGUACCACCAAUCAGGUGGGCUCAGGUGUUGUGUUCAGUCGGUUGUGUUAAGUAGGCAGAGUGAAAUGGGCAUGUAUUACCUGAACUUAGAACAGGUUUUUAAUUUAGAACAGGUUUUUAAUUUAGAACAGGUUUUUAAUUUAGAACCGGUUUUAAUUUUCUGCAUAGUGAACCUUUUGGCACUGUGUGCCCUACUGAACAUGGCCCAGGUCUAAGCCACUGCUGUGUGUCUAUCCCUCCCUCUCUCUCUCUGUAGAUGAUGUACCUGGGCUCUGGUAUGUGCUGUGUGGGAGCCCUGGCUGGUCUGUCCAACCAGUCCAAUGCCCGCCUGGGUAAUGCCCUGGGCAUGAUGGGUGUGGCAGGGGGCAUCGCUGCCACCCUUGGCUUCCUGAAGCCCACCCCUGUACUCCUGGCACAGAUGAGUGCCGCCAUGGCUGUGGGUGGCACCGCUGGUAAGUGUGUAUAUGCUUGAGUGUACAAAACAUUAGGCAUAGACUGAUCAUGACAUAGACUGAGCAGGUGAAUCCAGGUGAAAGCUAUGAUCUUUUAUUGAUGUUACUUGUUAAAUCCACUUCAAUCAGUGUAGAUGAAGGGGAGGAGACAGGAUAAAUAAGGAUUUUUAAGCUUUGAGACCAUUGAGACAUGGAUUGUGUAUGUGUGCCAUUCAGAGGGUGAAUGGGCAAGACAAAUUAUUUAAGUGCCUUUGAACGGGGUAUGGUAGUAGGUGCCAGGCACACCUGUUUGAGUGUGUCAAGAACUGCAACGCUGCUGGGUUUUUCACGCUCAACAGUUUCCCGUGUGUAUCAAGAAUGGUCCACCACCCAAAGGACAACCAGCCAACUUGACACAUCUGUGGGAAGCAUUGGAGUCAACAUGGGCCAGCAUCCCUGUGGAACGCUUUCGACACCUUGUAGAGUCCAUGCCCCGACGAAUUGAGGCUGUUCUGAAGGCAAAAGGGGGUGCAACUCAAUAUUAGGAAGUUGUUCCUGUGUGUGUGUUGGAUUUGCAUGCUUGAAUGAUCUGAACAACAUGUUAUUUACUAUAGUCGACAUGUGUUGUCUCCUUCAAUCAUAUGAGUAACUGCUUACUGCUCAUACUGCAGCAGUGCUGAGGUAAUGGUCACCAUCAUGUCUGAAUCAUGAUCCAGUCAGGUCAAUCUACAUGGUAAUUCUUCCUGGAAUCAAGCUGGAACCUAGACUAAACCAUCCGUUCAGACCUUAGCCUGUUUGCUUUUCCAGAUGCUCCUAUUAACCCCGUCCAUGUCUGCAGGGCUUCAAGAAGAACACACACACACCAAAACACACAUAGACGGAGGUGCACUCACAAACAAGGAAUUUCCCCCAAACAGCCCUUAUCAGCCACACCUGUGCCUCAGGACUGCCCGUUUCCCACCAGUCCUUAGGGUGUGUGUCUUUGCGCACGUCUCUGUAUGUGUUGUCCGGUUCUCAUCCCCUCUGCCCCCCCCCCCCCAGGGUUGGGUAUCGCUAGGAAGAUCCAGAUCACAGACCUCCUUCCACAGCCUGGUGGGUCUGGCUGCAGUGCUGACCUGCGUGGCAGAGUACAGGAUCAAGUACCCUCAUUUUGCUACCAACCCGGCUGCCAACCUCACCAAGAUCAUCGCCUACCUGGGCACCUUCAUCAGAGGGGUCACCUUCAGCAGAUCCCUGGUGGCUUAUGGGAAACUGCAAGGUGAGGACGGACGAUUGGGAUUGGGCAUAGUGAUACAUUAUAUUUCAAUUCGAUGUAAUUCUAUGGGAUUGGGGAGGUGGAAGUGGGAUGUUGUUUUUGUUGGGAGCUGCGAGUGAAAAGGGGUAGGAAAUGCUGCGAGUGAAAAGGGGUAGGAAAUCCUAGGCCAAGCAUGCCAUGAGUUUUUACGGUUCCAUUUGUACCUGUCAGUAAAUGAGGCAGUUAAAGUCAUACUUAUAUUCCUCAUACAUAUUCAUCAUCGCGGUCCAUUGAUUUGAUUAAUUUGUCCAUAGAUUUUAUUAUUCAUAGACUAUAUAUACAAAAGUAUGUGGACACCCCUUCAAAUUAGUGGAUUUGACUAUUUCAGCCACACCCGUUGCUGACAGGUGUAUAAAAUCGAGCACACAGCCAUGCAAUCUCCAUAGACAAACAUUGGCAUUAGAAUGGACUUACUGAAGAGCUCAGUGACUUUCAACGUUGACCCGUCAUAGGAUUCCACCUUUCCAACAAAUCAGUUCGUCAAAUUUCUGCCCUGCUAGAGCUGCCCCGGUCAACUGUAAGUCUUGUUAUUGUGAAGUGGAAAUGUCUAGGAGCAACAACUGCUCAGCCGCAAAGUGGUAGGCCACACAAACUCACAGAACAGGACCGCUGAGUGCUGAAGUACGUCUAUCCUCACUCACUACUGUGUUUCAAACUGCCUCUGGAAGCAACGUCAGCACAAUAACUGUUCGUCGGGAGCUUCAUGAAAUGGGUUUCCAUGGCCGAACAGCCUUACACAAGCCUAAGAUCACCAUGCGCAAUGCAAAGCAUUGUGGUGUAAAGCUUGCCGCCAUUGGACUCUGGAGCGUGGUGAAUCUGGCGUGAUGAAUCACGCUUUACUAUCUGGCAGUCCGACGGACGAAUCUGGGUUUGGCGGAUGCCAGGAGAAUGCUACCUGCCCGAAUGCAUAGUGCCAACUGUAAAGUAUGGUGGAGGAGGAAUAAUGGUCUGGGGCUGUUGUUCAUGGUUCGUGCUAGGCCCCAUUCUAGACGAUUCUGUACUUCCAACUUUGUGGCAACAGUUUUGGGAAGGCCCUUUCCUGUUUCAGCAUGAGAAUGCCCCCAUGCACAAAGCGAGGUCCAUACAGAAAUGGUUUGUGGCCUGCACAGAGCCCUGACCUCAACCCCAUCGAACACCUUUGGGAUGAAUUGGAAUGCUGACUGCGAGCCAGGCCUAAUCGCCCAACAUCAGUGCUCGACCUCACUAAUGCUCUUGUGGCUGAAUGGAAGCAAGACCCCGCCGCAAUGUUACAACAUCUAGUGGAAAGCCUUCCCAGAAGAGGCUUGAGGCUGUUAUAGCAACCAACUCCAUAUUAAUGCCCAUGAUUUUGGAAUGAGAUGUUCGAUGAGCAGGUGUCCACAUACUUUUGGUCAUGUAGUGUAUAGAUUACACACAUAGAUUUUACUGCGUUUUCAGGAAUUUUCUGCUAAUGGACACUUAACUUAGACAGCUUGGGUUUGAUCAAGUAACCCUCUGGUCAGUAGUAGACCAGUAGUGGUCUGGGUCCUUCAGGUUGAUGCCUGAGCAUCUGUACCCGACUCUGCACCCCUCCUCUCAGUCCCCUGUCCCAGCCGUGCCACCCAGGCCCCCCUGCUCCCAGCUAGGCCAGGCGGAACCUCUCCCAGUUUGGCACUAAUUAGCCCCUCCGCCCCCAGUCAUUUUCCACUUGUUCCCGAAAGCUGGAACACAUUAUCCCAGGGAGCGUUCCCACUCCACAGUCCCACUGGAACCUGGAAAACCUGCUCCGAUAAAAGAUUAAAACCUACAUUUUCCCCAAAAUGCACAUUUCAUGCUUUCUUUUCUUUUUUUCUUUUUUUUCAGUUGUGGGUUUGUUUUGGAAGGCUUUCAAAAUGAGGAAAAAAGUCAAGGAAAUGUUACAAUGCGUCCCAUAUCACAGGUGGUGGAAUCCAGAUGCUGGCUCUGUUAAUUUGAUUAUCAACAUGUAUUCGGUUUCAAUUUAGCAUGAAGCAGCCUCAUGAACACAUUUCAGUCUCUGAAAUGAAAAUCAAUUUAGAAACGGUAACUUUCUCUGCUAUCUUUCUACCUGCCUGCCAAGGAUUGAGUUAGUUCAGGGAGAAAAGUACAACUCCCUUUUUAAUCCAUACAGUAUGUGUGAUAGUGACAUCCUUGGAUAAUAAAUAACAUGCUCACUUUCAGAUUGUUCCUCAAAAGUGGUUGGGGCCUGAAUACUUGUAAAUGGAGGACAAAAUAAAUUAGAUGGACAGCACAUAGUGACAUCCUAACAUGCAUUUAGCUCUAUAUGUCCAUGCCUACAGUUUUUCUCCUCCUCUCUCUAGGUGUGCUGAGCUCCGCCCCACUCCAGCUCCCUGGGCGCCAUGCUAUGAAUGCUGGGCUGAUGGCCUCCUGUGUGGGCCUGAUGAUCCCCUACAUGCUGGACCCCAGCUACACCGCAGGCAUCACCUGCCUGGGCUCUAUGUCCGCUCUCUCGGCCGUCAUGGUACGACCUACACACCGCCUCUACCCAAAUCAAAGAAAUAGAAUUACUGGGACGGACAUCCACAUUCAAAUCAAUGUUUGAAGUUAUGAGGGUGCAGUGCCAUUUUUAUGGUUUGAGAGUCUUUUCCUGUUCUACUAAUUCUAUAUCUAUGGCCCUAAUAUCCACCAACCUGGACUGACCAGUGAUCUUUGAACUAACUCUUAGAAAUAGGAUGGAACUUACCUGUUUGUGCCAUUGGAAUCCUGUGCUCUAGCCCAUUUUAGGUAGGUUUAAGUUCAGCUAUCCUUCAAUAAAAAGCGCUCUGCUUACGAUCCUGCUCCACUGUUGGCCCUUAAGGAGAAUUUUCAUUGGAAGCAUUAACCACAUGAUCAAUCCAUAAUAAGAUGAUGGAUGGAAGGUAAACUAAGAUGAGGUUUUGAAGCAGUACUGAGAGAAGGUGGUUCUGGUUAAAACUGUUGUGAAUGUUGGCUGCUCAGGCCUCCAUGUGGUUUGUCAAUAACAAGGACAUUUUGACGUUGUAUAAAUCAACGGAUAUUAAUUUCUUACGUAUACAAUAUCACACCACUCUUGACUGAUAAGGUGUAGCUAAACAAUCACCUGUGCCUGAGCAUGAAUGUCUUUAAAAGGAGAUCUGAUAUUGUUCAAGUCCUGCCCUCUCUGUUUGUUUGAUGGAGUGUAUCGUUGCAUAAUGUGAGGUAGCUGGCUCUGGUUAGAGCCAUUCCCUGAGUUGGGUAUCUUGGAGAGUAACAUUAGGAUGAUAUCAUAGAGAGCACUUGAAAUGAAUACUCCUUGUUUUGACAAACACCUUACGCAAUGACUGAGGCCCACUGCAUCCUGAUAGGGGUUAAAUACACUAUAUUUCUACUACCUGAUCAGAUUUCUCUAUUUACCAUUCAAUAAUACUGUUUAUGAAUGGUCUGUUUAUGCCCAAGUGUUUACAUUUUAGUCAUUUAACAGAUGCUCUUAUCCAGAGCGACUUACAGUUAGUGAGUGCAUACAUUCUUUUUAUUUAUGUAUUUUUUUCAUACUGGCCCCCCGUGGGAAUCGAACCCACAACCCUGGCAUUGCAAAUGCCAUGCUCUACCAACUGAGCUACAUCCCUGCCGGCCAUUCCCUCCCCUACCCUGGACGACGCUGGGCCAAUUGUGCGCCGCCCCGUGAUUCUCCUGGACAGAGCCUGGAUUCGAACCAGGAUCUCUAGUGGCACUUAGACCACUGCGCCACUCGGGACAAUGCUUACAUGUGAGUUUAUAUAGGCCAGGCCUACUACUCACAUAUGACACAUGAUCUUUGUAUACCUUCUUUUGUAUGGACAAUAUAUUGAAUUUAACAACACAUGAAUGAAAUGUAUGUCUUGCUUUAUUAAUCCCACGGACAUAUCAACCUUCAGUCUAACGGUAGUCUUGUUCUUCUAGGGCCUGACUCUGACAGCAGCCAUCGGCGGUGCAGACAUGCCGGUGGCCAUCACGGUGCUCAACAGCUACUCCGGCUGGGCCCUGUGUGCUGAGGGCUUCCUGCUCAACAACCUGCUCACCAUCGUAGGGGCCCUCAUCGGCUCCUCAGGGGCCAUUCUCUCCUACAUCAUGUGUGCGGUAAGUAUUGGUCUGUAUUUACGAAGUGUCACACGUCCUAUAGAACAGGGGUAUUCAACUCUUACCCUAUGAUGUCUGGAGCCUGCUAGUUUUCUGUUCAACCUGAUCAUUAAUUGCACACACCUGGUGUCCCAGGUUCAAAUCAGUCCCUGAUUAGAGGGGAACAAUGAAAAAAUGCAGUGGAACUGGCUUCGAGCUCCAGAGUUGAGUUUGAGGGCUAUAGAAUGAUUAAGGUAUGGAGCCUAUAGUCCUUCCGUCUGUCCGUAUUUAGGAAGUGUCACACAUCAGACAGUAUGGGUUAAAUAGGCCGCAUCAGCUCAUAACCUACAUGUAAACUUUGAAGAUGCUAAAAUAUGCAAGGCAGUUUCUGUGCUUCCACAAUUCUCCACUAGGAGGAACUCUAACUGUACUUAAAUGCCUUCUUGGCUGCAUUGACUGCCUGAAAGAAACUGGCUUCACUGAAAAAUGUUGACUUAAAACGGCUGAGCAGCUUUUGAUCCUAUCCAUCUCUGUACUCCCCCUCGUCUCUCUUCUCUCCCCCUGGCUAGGCCAUGAACCGUUCCCUGGCCAACGUGAUCCUGGGUGAGUACGGUACAUCAUCCACUGGGUCAGGCAAGCCCAUGGAGAUCGUAGGAACACACACAGAGGUCAAUGUGGACCAGACUGUUGAAAUGAUCAAAGAUGCCCACAACCUCAUCACUCCAGGUAGAGUCAAAACCCAACACCACACACACACACACACACACAGCAUGAACACAGUGGUACUUCCACACACCGGGGUACUGACCGGGUAGGUUCAUUUAAACUAAACCACCCACGUACACAGGGUUCAACUGACAAAUGUUUUUAAGACCUAGAGUGUAAGUGGGUUGUGGCCAAAGGUCUUGUGCAGAAAGUAGAAAACAUGGUCCUUUGCCAUCAACAUUUUUCAUAAAUUACAGAACUUUUUUCUAUGUUUAGCUAACCUCUGUUGACCUUGUUACAUCACCAGUUAAUUUGCUAAACUUCGUUAGGGCACCUCUCAAGUAGGGCCCGUCAGGCAUGCAGGCCCACUCUAUCCCGAGGUGGUCCAAGAGCCUGGGUCGUGUUUGGGAGUAGGGUUUAUUGAAGCUUUGACAGACCUCUGUAUAAUCUCACUCUCUGUCUUUCCACUCUCCCACCCUGUCUGAAAACCCGUCCCCUGACGACAGCUCUCUGCACAUUGCUUCUCCAACCUAGUGGUGAAGUGAACUGUUUAGUGAGAAGUCACUGGCAGGCAGCAGGGACUGAUAGUUCAGCCUCAGACUGUCCUGGUCCAUAUGCUGCUUCCAGAGAAAGUAAAGGAGGAAGAGAAAAGAAGGCUCUUUUUUAAAGGCUUUAAUAUGCAUUAUCCAUAGGGCUCUGGUCAAAAGUAGUGCACAAUAAAUGGGGAUAGGGUGCCAUUUGGGACACAGACCCAACCUAGUGGCUGGCUCUGCUCUUCUAAACAGCCUGGUUCUCUGUCGCUCGGCUUGACCUCCUGGGCCGGUAAGUGUAAUGGCCUCCAGCAAAGCUUAUGGCUCUGUCUGUCCUCUGUCUGCGUCUGCAUCCACUUUGUUCACUACAACAGAGAACUGGACCAUUACGGGCAGACAGGACGAACAGAUGGAGGGACGAUGAGAUGUGGGAAGAUGAAUAAAGAGAAGGGGAGAAAAUAUGAUUUAACGUGGCACUCCAGAGUAUACAGGCAUGCGGGGCCAAGCACAACAGAGAUGGCUCCUUCAUUUAAAACACACCGCCGCUGGCAGUCCAGCCUCCAGCCGUCCAGCAGGGCUCAACCCUACGGUGUCCUGACCCAGCCAUGGACCCAGACAUUAGACAGUUAGACUCUAUCUAUCUAACAUGGAUCUACACCAUGGGCCCCUGUAGACAGUGGGGGAGAGUUACGAUGUUACUAUAUCUAUUGUGGAGGAUGUUCUGAACUUCUAAAGUACACAGUUAUCUCACUGACUACUGCAAACCCAGACUUGUUUUUGUAUCCAAAUAUUAUUUUCAAGCAUCUUCUCCAAAUGUACCCAAAUUAGCCGGUGUUUGUGUGCCAGGUAGUCCUGCCAGACUGGAAGGUGAUCCUCAGCUUCUAAGCUUGGUGUUAUGGUGCACUGUUCCACUGUUGCUCUCUGUGUUGUCAGUGGGUCCCAGAUUCUCCUGCUGACUGCAGUGCACCACACUACACCAGGCCCGAGCUGGGGCUGGAACCGGAGCUGUCUUGUUUUCCUUUUCACAUUUCCUAUAAUUGGACCAGUCACAGUCACUUUGCUUGAUUGACAUCAGUGGAAACAUUUAAGACUUUUUUUGAUAAACACUGGCCUUGUCUGGACGGGAUUGUUUUCGUUAGGAGAAAAGCUUGUGUUUGAGGGUCUGCAUGAAGAAAAUGAAAAUCAUUAAGGAGCGAGUGUGGACCGUAGAUAUGCUCAGUGCAACAUGCUGUGUUUAAAGCAGAGUACUUGACGGCUGUUGUGACAGGCCUAUCAAACGUUGUAAACAGCAAUUGAGGCUUUAGAUUGUCCAUUUGCUGUGAAUUAUUGUUUCUCUCUCUUGGAUGGUGCUCAUUUCAGUAAGAGGCUUCUCAACUCUGCACGAGGCAGAUGAAAGAUGAGUGUUGAUGGUCGUUGUUGUGUUUGAAAGGCCUAGGUUGGCUUUGGAAUGGUGGAGACGAGUGAACAAAGGCUUACUUCGUCUUUUGAGUUAAAAAUGUCCUGUCUACCACAUGUACUGGAGCAAUUCAUGUGCACUUGCAGCUGAUCAAUGUACAUGUAAGAAAAUCCCAAUAUCUUUUUUUGGGCAAUAAGUAAUUAUUUUCCGUCAGUACUUUGAUAAGAUCAUCCUUAAAGGGGAAAUCUGUAGUUGGGAAAAACAACAAAACCGCCACCCCGCCACUUGUUUUGGUAAAUGGCUGAGGGAUGGAGCAGGAGAAAUGUAACCACUCUCAAAUUCAUAGGCAGAGCUAUGGAUGCAAGGACUGACCAUCCAUGAGGUCAUAAUGAUAGUUUAACCAUGUUUUCAAGCGAUACAGUGUUUGUUUACAAUUACAUUGUUUACAAACAAUGCAGUAAAACAAGCUUAUAUUUGACUUUCUGCAGUUGAACAAAGCUCAUGGGGCAUUUAUAAGUUAUAUUCUUCAAAGAUUAAUAGCUAUAUACAGUGCCUUCAGAAAGUAUUCAAACCACUUGGCUUUUUCCACAUUUUGUUGUGUUACAGCCUGAAUUUAAAAUGGAUUAAAUUGAGAUUUUGUGUCACUGGCAUACACACAAUACCCCAUAAUGUCAAAGUGGAAUUAUGUUUUUAGAAAAUGUUACAGAUUAAUUUAAAAUGAAAAGCUGAAAUGUCUCGCUACCAAAGGUGACUCUGGGUUGAAUACUUAUCUAAUCAAGAUAUAUUAUUAUUUAUUUUUUUCUUUACAAAUGUUAGAGUUUUUCUUCCACUUUGACGUUACAGAGUAUUUUGUGUAGAUCGAAUGGAAAAAUAAAAAUGAAAUCCAUUUUAAUCCCACUUUGUAACACAACAAAAUGUGGAAAAAUUCAAGGGGUGUGAAUACUUUCUGAAGGCACUGUAUAUCAUACAUUUAAAAGGGGAAGACAUGGACUAAAGCUAGAAUCCUUAAUUGAAACAAUAACAAAGCUGAGGGAUGGGCCUGGAGAAAUGUAACCACUCUCAAAUUGAUAUGGAUGCAAGGACUGGCCAUCCAUGAGAUCAAAAUUAUAGUUUUGACCAUGUUUUGAGGCUAUAUAAUGUUUGUUUACAUUUACAUUGUUUACAAACAUUUGGGUAAAACAAGCUUAUAUUCUGUUACGACAGUUGAACUGAGCUCAUGAGUUAUUUAUGUUAUAUUCUUCAAGAAUCAAUAUAUCAUUAAUUUAUACAUAAAAAAAAUGGAUGUAGCAACUAAGGAUUCUAGCUUCAAGAGUAACAUUGAUUUGCUCCAGAUUCCCGGACAUGCUCCCACUUGACAGCUUCAGAUAAAAGGAUUGAAAUCAUUUCACAACUGAUUAUUUUUUUUCAGCCUUGAUGUACUUUAUUUAUUUUACAGUGUUUGUUUAUUGUGUUAUAAAAUAACAAGCUCAAUUAUUUCACCUCCAGUCUUGUUGAAAUGAGAGGAAAGAGCUCCCACUUGUAUGUAGGAUUAUUAUGAAAACCAUAUUCUGCUAUUUGAGACAAUACAUACAGAUAAACUAGGUUAGUAGACUUGUUUACGCCUAAGCCCUCAGACAUCCUCUGUUCCACUUGGUAUCCACUGGUCCUGAACUUUAAUUCCCUAUUGCUGGGAUAUGUUGGUUUGAAUAUUUUUCUUGUUAGAAUUUUCAGGUUUGAUCAGUUUCACUGUGCCCAAAUACCUGGUGUGUCAAAACCAAACACGGAUAAAUAACAUUUAAGGAAAUAGAAUUUAUUGGUAAUUUCCUAAAUGUUAAAUGUGUUUAUAUAAGGAUGAUUUGAUUCUUUUGAAGCACGUUUGAUAGGGCUUUAUGCAAAUGUUUGUUUUUUUAGCAUCAGAAGAUCAAUGUCUGGAUAAGAAUCUCUGGGAUUGUCUGAGUAUUUUUGCUAUUUAUACAAGCAUUUUUUAUCACUGUUCAGAGGUAGUAGUCAGUUUUUGACUUGGAUUAAGAUGUGCCAGUCAAAAUCCAGGCAGACUGUGUUCUGAAGUUUUAUUGUGUUCCCUCUAUUUUUCUGACUUUUAUACAGACAGCAGUUGACAGGUUUUCAUAGCAAAUGUUACCAUUUUCUUUUGAAAGCUUUCUCUGCUUGUUUUUAAUGACUAUUGUGUUUUCCACUCAGGCUGUUGUGUUCUUGUCCUGCAGGUUAUGGUCUAUGUGCUGCCAAGGCCCAGUACUGCAUUGCUGAGCUGGUCAAGAUGCUGCAGGAGCAGGGCAAGAUUGUCAGGUAA